GGAGAAGGAAGGACUACAAAAAGCCCAGGAGAUCUUGACCAAGCUCGGGCUGGACCCAUCUGCAGAAGACUGCAUAGCCACCCAGCAUAUCUGCCAGAUUGUCUCCACCCGCUCGGCGAACCUCUGUGGUGCUACUCUGGCUGCAGUGCUGCGCCGAAUCAAGGAGAACAAAGGAGUCGACAGGCUGCGCUCCACCGUUGGCGUGGAUGGCUCGGUGUACAAGAAGCACCCCCAUUUUGCUCGGCGCCUUCAGAAGACGGUGCGGAAGCUGCUGCCAGACUGCGACAUCCGAUUCGUUCGUUCGGAAGACGGGAGCGGCAAAGGGGCCGCUAUGGUCACGGCAGUGGCCUACAGGCUAGCAGCCCAGCAUAAGGCAAGGCAGAAGACCCUGGAAGCCCUAAAGCUGAGCCAUGAGCAGCUGCUGGAGGUGAAGAAUAGGAUGAGGAUAGAGAUGGAGAGGGGACUGAGCAAAGCAUCGCACCCAGAUGCCACUGUGAAAAUGCUUCCCACUUACGUGUGCGCCACUCCGGAUGGAACAGGUAACAUACUUUUUCUGCAGUUAUUAAAGCAACUGCCUCUGGUUGUCUGUCUACAGCUGUUCGAUCACAUCGUCCACUGCAUUUCGGACUUCCUGGAAUACAUGGGAAUGAAGGGUGUGUCACUUCCUCUGGGAUUCACCUUCUCUUUCCCUUGCCAACAGAAUAACCUUGAUGAGGGAAUACUCCUGAAAUGGACUAAAGGGUUCAAAGCUACUGGCUGUGAAGGAGAAGAUGUGGUGAACCUGCUGAAAGAAGCCAUACAUAGGAGAGAGGAGUUUGAUCUGGAUGUGGUAGCAGUGGUGAAUGACACAGUAGGCACCAUGAUGACCUGUGGUUAUGAAGAUCCUUAUUGUGAAGUCGGGCUCAUCGUUGGCACGGGCAGCAACGCCUGCUACAUGGAGGAGAUGAGGAAUGUGGAACUGGUGGAGGGUGAAGAGGGCAGAAUGUGCAUUAACAUGGAGUGGGGGGCAUUCGGGGACAACGGCUGCUUGGAUGACUUCCAGACAGAAUUUGAUGUGGCGGUGGAUGAACUUUCUCUCAAUGCUGGGAAACAAAGGUUUGAGAAAAUGAUCAGCGGGAUGUACCUGGGCGAGAUUGUCCGAAACAUCCUGAUCGACUUCACCAAGCGGGGGCUGCUGUUCCGGGGGCGGAUCUCCGAAAGGCUGAAGACCAGGGGGAUAUUCGAGACGAAGUUCCUGUCUCAAAUUGAGAGCGAUUGCCUAGCCCUGCUCCAGGUCCGCUCCAUCCUCCAGCACCUGGGCCUGGAGAGCACGUGUGAUGACAGUAUCAUUGUGAAGGAGGUGUGCACCAUGGUAGCCAGGCGUGCUGCUCAGCUCUGUGGCGCUGGUGUGGCAGCAGUGGUGGAUAAAAUCCGGGAGAACCGCAAGCUGGACUUCCUUAAGGUCACAGUUGGUGUGGAUGGGACACUCUACAAACUGCAUCCUCACUUCUCGUUCAUCAUGCACGAAACGGUGAAGCAGCUGACCCCGAAGUGCGAAGUGACCUUCCUCCAGUCAGAAGAUGGCAGCGGCAAAGGGGCGGCGCUCAUUACGGCAGUGGCAUGCCGGAUCCGGGAGGCCGGGCAGCGAUAAGAGGGGUCGUUAGGAAGGCUUGGAUUUAUCAGAGCAAAACCAGCGGACCCUUUUCCACCCUCCAACACACACACCUUCUCCUGCUCCUCAACAUGCAGAUUUUUAGCUUUACAUGUUCUAUCAAAAUACUGAGACCUGAGGUGCCGUGUGUUCAAAGUUAUUUUCUUAGGAGUUUUAUUGCAUGCCAUCAAACUGCCUAUCGAGUACAGCUAAAAGUGUCAUCAGGGAGUGUAGCUACGUUUCCUGUCAAAGCCCUUUUUGUUUCACCACAGCCCAUUUAAAAUACUAAACCUCCCUCCCCAGCCACAAUGGCAUUUGUUCUGUAGCAGUAGAAGGAUAAUGCCAGAGCAAUUAAGACACUGCGUUGUCACUUCAAUAGUAAAUAGUACCUAUUUGUAGAUGUCAAGUCUUAACAUAAACACACUAGAAAGCAAAACCUCUUUUAAGAUUGGGUUAAAGACCUCCACUAGUCUUUUACCCUGAUCAAGGCUGUGUUAUUUCCAUGAAAGUCAUGGUAAUGCUCUUAAAAGCACAGGGCGCAGCAUUUAAACCAAUGCAUUUGAAUCUGCGCCGAAGGAUACAAAGUGUCCGUGUGGAGUGGUGAGUAAUAUUAAAGUACCUGCUGGAUCAAGUUAAAGGUGCUUCUUUAAUUCGACCAGCAGAGCAUCUGCCUGGAAAUACUUGGGGACUCAGGGUGUAGUUCCAUUUCCCAGCUUCUCUAUUAAUUAAAUGUGGUACUUGACAUGUGUAGCCAAUGGCGACCCCUACUGGAGCGUGCGUGCAUAGAAAAAAACAUCGCUGAAAUGAAUGGUUUCUCUUCCACAGCGGUUUCAACACUGUGCCCUCAUUUGAUGUGGUGAGUUUGGUUUUAUUUUUGUCUGUGAACUAGCUCUGUAUCUUUAUUUGUAAAAACCCCAUAGGUCACAUCUGGAUUUAUGCAUUGUAUUUAUGUUUCGAGAGAUCUUACGUCUUUUAUGUAUAUAGUCAUGAAUGGUGGAUUAUUAUUGACUAGUUUUAAUGUGGUUUGAGAGACUAGUGCAGAAUGCUUUUUUAUUAUUUAAAAUAACUGUCUGGGAGCGGGCUGGAAGGACUGAAAUUUCUGAGGAUAGGUGUAUGGAAGGGGUGCAGUUAUUUCAGGUCUUGUGUCAUCAGGGGAAAUGGAAGUAUGAAGGCCAUGUAUUCAGUGCACUAAAAGAAAUAGCAGCGGCCAGGGAACAAAUGAAUUGGUUAGUUCAGAGUCUGAUCCUGCUCGUUCUGGCUCACGAGUAAUCAUUGCUCAUGGGAGCAGGCCCCCAUUCAGGCACGGUCCUAAUUCUGCUUACACUGAAGUAAGUGACAAAAUCCCCAUUGACUUUAGCAGUGCAGGAGUAGGUCCUUGGUUUACUCACUGGAAUAAACCAGGAUUAGGCUCUAGCUGUUUCUGAUCUAAAGGGUUAAACAUUUUAUUCUGCAAAUAUACGUUAUUCUUCACCACCACCUCCAGCUCUCAUUGAAAGCAACUGGAGUUUUACUGUUGACUUCAACAGGAGUUGGGGUUCAGGCCUGAAUUUCUCACGAGAUUCGGUCCCAGUCCGGCAAACAGGCACCGUGUUUUGCUUGAAGCACGAGAGUAACCACUGCUGUUGAUGGCAGCACUCACCUGCUUAUAGUUAAACGUGUGUGGAUGCAGGAGCUCAGCGGCAAAGAAUUAAGUGUAAUUUUGUGAUCCCCAAAUGUCAAAAUCCUUCUGGUUUUCCAGAUUGGCAUCCCCAAAGCUAACAGCAGGUUUGCUCUGUGCAGCAGAACUCUCCUCAUCACUUUGCUUUUUAUGAUAAAGAGUUAAUAAUUUUGCCAACAGAAAACUGUGCAGACCAAUUAAAUUCUGCAAUUUGUUGUUUCCCAAACCAGCAAAUUCACACACAAAAUUAUGCAGGGGUGGGUGAUGAAUCGCAUAAACUUUUUUGUAAAUAUUUAACACAUGACUGGUGAUAUACACAUAAAAACCUCAACCUGACCAUCAGUUUCGACGGAUAUACAAUUUUUGUGUGUGGGUAGUUUUUUUGUAUAUUUUUAUACUGCUUGGGGUAACAUCUUUACCAAAAGAAUCUCUAUGUGGCUGUCAAUUCCAAUAGCACCAUUUUAAAGCACGCCACACGUGUCUCUUGGCAUUUUAAAUGCUUAUAUUUUUUUAUAAGCCACAAGAUUACUAUAUAAAAUUAAAUGGAAAAAUCAAAAAUGAUGUGUACAGAAAUAAUGUAAGAGAAUCAUCCAGUUUAGAAACUUUAGAUGAAUUUAAAUAAAUUAUCUUUUUUUAAAAAAAAAUAACAGAAAACCAUCUAAUCCAAUACCAAGCAGUUGUGUGUGAUUCUUUUACUGGGAUUACUAGUAUUUGCCUACUGAUCAAGGCAUUUUUUGCUUUGAUUAUAUCUACUGUACAGUGAAGUGGGUUACAGUCGGGGGGUAUAUUUAUAAACUUGAAGACAAGAGAUUAUCCAGCAGUGUACCUCUUUUUGAAAUGCACUCUAUUUCACCAGUAGUGAAUGAGUUCACUUGUACCACAGAUGCUUUCUUUGCAAUCAAUGACAUAGUGGGUGCCAGGGCAAUCCCUUUUUGUAGCUGAUUCGGGUUCUGGUUCAGCAAAGCACUUGGGCAUGUGACUUAAGGGGUUAUAAGCAUACGCUUAAACUUAAGUGUAUGUUUAAGUGCUCUGCUGAUUCAGGGGCUUGGCAAUGUUGGCUUCUCCCUUUCCUUGCAGUGUAGUGGGUUACGACUGUGCAAAUGGUUUAAUUCUCAUCUGAAGUGUUGCACUGACGCGAGUAGAUUGACUUGCAUGAAUAAGGGGUUUCUAGAUGGAACCACUCCCUGGCCAUAGUCCUUCACCCCUUGCUUAUGGGCCCAUCCCAAUGCCCACUGAAGCGAAUGGGAGUCCUUUCACUGAUUUUUUUUUUCUUUUCUUUUUUUUUUUUAAUGGGCAUUAGAUUAAGUGCUUUGCAGAGCUCGACCCUGAAGUAGGUACAUGGGAGCAAUCUCAUGAUGUCAGUGGGACUACUCAUGGUCUUCAAGCUAAGUAGGUGCCAGUAUUCUGCUGGAUCUGGGCCUUGGUGAGUAGUCCCAUUGGGGUCAAUGGCACUUAAUUGGGUGAGCAAGGAAAGCUACAUUAGGCUCUCUGAAUGAGGGUCAGAUCCGGGAUUGCUGAGCACCCUUAAUUCCUAUUGACUUUGGGGGUGGAAGCCUUCUCGGCACAUUUGCUCUCUUGCAAAUGUAACAGGCUUAAUGGUGGCAGGAUAAGUUACUAGGAGCUCACAAUUAUUUUCAAGCUUUCUUGUCCUGACAAGUGUGUAGUUAUGUGGCUCCUGGAAUUUCUCCCCAGCUUAGGCUCAAAUGAGAUCUGCAAAGAGGUGGGCGCUAUUGAGUGCGAAAGGAAAGCCUUUCCAUGUGGGAAGUAUUGUUUUAAAAUCUCUAUGCUACCAAGUUGUGGGAACCAGAUCCAAACUUUGUCAAAGUUCGGAGGGAAUUCCCAUCCGAGUUUUGGGUUUGCCCAGUUACAGAGCAAUGGGCUAAUUGCAAAGGCUGUCUCCGAGCUUCCCCAAAAUUUCAGUCUGGGGUGGAUAGUUCAGGGCCCAUCUCUCUUAAAAACACUGCCUCUUGUACCUUCUUGUACAGCUUCUUAGGGAUGCACUGGGUACACUUGACUUAAGCUGCAGCAGAGGCUCCUGCCCUCUUUUCAUGCCCUCUUUUCAUGCCCACUUUGACUCAGAUGCAAACCAGAAUCCAAUGUGUUCCCAGUUCACCUGAAACAAAAAUUUUACUUGAAACAUACAGAUCAUCUCCAGACCAUGUAACUGAAAAUACAUCUUCAGCAUAUGGCUCAGUUGUGUCUAUGCAGAAUGUUUCCUCUGUUCAUUUUAAGAGUACAGUUUGUGCACUUUUCUGUAGCAAAAGAGAAAGCAUCAGUACACGUAGAAAGCUGCUGCUGUCUUACCAUUCCUUCCAGUUUAGGAGUUAGGAGAACUAUAUUAAGAAUUUAUAGCUGAUGGCAGGUUGUGAAUGUAGCUUUUUCAGGAGGACGUUGUUCUUGGUUCAGAAACUGGCCAAUGUGAAAUGGAACUGAGACACAUAACAAAGCGGGAUUGUAACUUCUAAACCAGAAAUUACAAUGGGAUGUUAUAUUAAUGUGUGUCAAAAUAAGAAAGGAAGAUCAGAUCAUGUAGACAGGCAUUGAUUCUCAACACUGCUCUGUCUUUCCUCCACUAAGAAAAUGUUGCAACACUUUUCAGGGUGGCUUAUUUUUUGUUUCCAUUAAGAUGCAUUUUCUUUAUUCCCUUUGAUGUAAGGUUUAUUUCUUGUCCAGAAAGACAGGGAUUCAUCUUUUAACAAGCCGGCACCUAUUUUUCUCCCUGAUGUUAGUUGCCAGGUGUAAGAGAGAAUCAUUUUUUCUACCUUACAACUUAUUCACUUGGCUGUUACCUUGGAUGGGAUUUUUUUAUUUGACAAACUAUAAAAUAUUGUGCAUGGUAGGAAGAACCUUAACAUGCACAUCUCCAAGCAGAAUGAGCUAAACCAGGUGCAAAUUAUAGUGAAAUCUGCCUUUAAGCAAUACACAUGAUCUAAUAAGUCUCUAAAUAGCAGUAGAAUAUUUCAGAGGCAACAUAGUCCAGUGGAUCAUAGGACUCAGAAAACCUGGGUUGUAGUCCCAAUUCUGCCACUGAUUCUCUGCAUAACCUUUUCUCAGAUAUAUUGAAUAUCUCCACAACCCCAACUGAACUCAGCUGGCUUUGUGGAUGUUCAGUUCCACUAAAAAUUAGAGCAUUAAAAAAAAAAAAAUCUCUGUGCCUCGGUUUCCCCAUCUGUAAAAUGUGGAUAAUAAUGCAUAUCCUAGUGCAAAGCACUUUGAGAUCUAUGGGAGGAGACUGCUAUGAAAGAGAUAAGAAUUAUUAUUCCUUAUUGCUUUAAAGCCAUCAUUAAAGAUGGAGUGUUACCUUCUGGAGGUGGCCCUGUGUUGCAAGAUUCAUAGUAUAUUUCAAAUAGAGAAGUUAUUUCACAGACUUCCUAUAAAAUGUGAGCUAGUCCUAGAGACAGUCUGGACUCUUUUUAUUGGCCUGAAAAAAAGAAAAGUGCAUCUUAAUAAGGUCUUCAGAAUGGGCUCCUUAGGAGGCCGGAGGAGAUUUGAUUUAAAGCCAAAGAUCGUUCACUAUUAGUAGCAAUGAUUGACUGUAGAUUUCAGCUGUUCUGUUAUUUUUGUGUUUACAAUAUUUAUUUUUAGUAAUUCAUUGCCAUACAUAGGAUUCCUUACUUUUGUACUUUUCAUACCAUUUUUCUUAGUGUGGUAUUGUACUUCCAGCUUCCCCAUGGCACGAUGAUUAUUCCUACAAAUAAAAACUGUU